CCCCUCUGUUCCCAUCAUGCUGCUCCAGAGCUCCUGGGCUGUGCUGCUCCUCUGCGCCACUGCUGGGCUUUUGGGGUGGCUGGGCCUUGCUGCCCCCCCAGAGAAGGAGGAACUCUGGGAGACCUGGAUGAGGUCAGCACUGGAUGAGACCCCCGUGGCCCAGCUCGUGCAGGACAUCGCCCACCAGAUGGGGAACCUGAGCAGCCGUUGGGCUGCAGAGCUCCGGGGUGGACACCAGGUUGUCCCAUCCAACCUCCAUCAGGAGCAGGAAAGACCUCAGGAUGUUCAUCCCCAACCAGAGAGCAUCCUGGUCCUUCAGGAGGUGAUGGAGAAGCUGCAGAGGGUCAACCAGAGCCUGGAGCUGAUGCUGACGGCCUUGGAAGAUGCACGAAGCCGGCUGGAAAAGCACCUGGAGUACCUCAAAGCCAUCCCUGACCUGGAUGGUCAGAGCCAAAGUGUCACCUCUUCCUGCAUCCCACAUGGCUCAUUCUUCAUGCUCCUGGUUCUCCCGCUGGUGCCGGCCCCAUUCCAGACCAUCCUUCUCCUCCUCUUCCUCGCUUCCAGCGCCCUCGGCAUUCCAGCAAUCUUCACUCUCCUGGUCCUUGCUGCAGCAGGGCAUUGGGUGGCAUCCGCCUGCCGUGGUGCCGGAAGGAUCCGGCCAGUGGUUCCCCGGGAAAAGGCUCGGUACCGGCUCACCUCUACCCCGGAGAGGGAAUGCGAUGUGGAGCUGCUGAAAGAGGAGCUGGACAGGAUGGAGAUGAGCUGCCUGCAAAAUGAGAGGUGCCCACAAGAGCCCUCACACCUGGAGCAGCCCCAAGAGGUGGCCAGGGACAUUCCCGAAUUCACAGGGCAGGUGUCACCCGACGCCGGUGGCCAGAGGACAACACUGAGCUCAUGUGAGGUGACACUGGAGCCGGUCAUGGAUGCUGGGAAGCUCUGGGAGCCCAAACCCUGCAGCCCAAGAGCCAACAUGUCCCCGUGCCAGGGGCUCACCAGGGCUGGACAGCGAUGCCGGAAGAAAGCGAUUCCCGGUCUGGAAUUCUGCCACAUCCACACCACCGGCAGUAACUUGGCUAUGGAUUCAUCCCCCCGUUUUUGA